UUAUCAUUUUACAGCAUUACUGAUUGAUUAUGACUGACAAUGAUAUUGUGCUAACAGAAUCACAUUACAGUCAAAUUACCUAAGAGAGGCCCUGAUGGUUUUAGAAAAUGGGUUUCUCAUUCUACCUCUGGUCUCUGGUGAGACUAUACCCACAUUUGCUGUGUAAAAGUGAAAAUGAAAUUAAGGCAAAUGAUCUAUAGAAAUGUAUUAUUUUUAUUUACUGUGUUUAGGAAUAAACGUUUCUAAAAGUCUGGCACUACAGAGCCCGGUACAUCAAGUUAAAAUUAUGAUAUUACAGUAAAAAGCAAGAAAAUCCUAAAUAUUUGCCCUAAAGAGCAAUUCUUCAGCUAGUUUCAUUUUGAAUCACCAUGGAAACAAGUAUUUUAUAACCAUCACUUUGUCGCCCCCCUGCCUGUCAUCACUCCACAGCAUCACAAGCAGUAACAAUCUUUCCUUUUCCUUCUUUUUUAUCUUACAUCCGAACAGAAAUGGCCAACGUCAGUACCACUAUACACCCGAGUAAUGUCCCAUGGCACUCAGAGGCAGCAGCCCGUCUCUCCCACGUUUCCUUACAGGUCCAGGAGGUCUACCCCUUUCAUGAUGGCUGGAAUGUGGCCUGCUUCAUCAUCCUUUUGCUCUUCAUCCUCACUGUCCUGUCUCUGGCUGCCUUGGCCAUACUCUACGAGCUCCUGGACUGUGGCUGCUGUGCCAAAGGAAAGACACAUCACCAGCUACAGGAGGAGGGGCCCGGAAGCUGCGGCAAGCUGAUGACCAGCAUUUGCAAGGAGCCAGAAUCUCACACUGAGGUGGUAUAG